UGAGCAGCAGCAGCAGCUCCUGCCCUCCGCGCGCCCUCGCCUUGCCAUAGGUGCGCUUGGGGCUGGGCGCAGCGAGGCCUCUCCCGGCCGCCCCGUCGGCUCUGGGGAGAGAUACAACCGCAAGACCCGCCUCUCGGGGAACUGACAGGCCUCGCCCCUUGGCUGUGCAAACGCAGCGCUCGUGCCAUAAAACAGGGGAGUUGCAGCGCCGGCUUCGCAAACUCCGUCCGGCUGCGUAAUUGCAAAGUGGGUUUAAAGCUCGUGCGCUUUUACGCUCAACUUUGGGCCACUUCGGGAAGGACUUUGCUGGUUGACAUCGGGGCAGGAGGAGCAUCGAUGGCGCCCCCGGAGCUGUACCACAAAGAGUUCGCCAGUGCGGGCCACCGGGCUGGGCUGCAGAUCUGGCGGAUCGAGAAACUGGAUCUGGUGCCGGUGCCCGAACCGCUGCACGGCAACUUCUACGUGGGCGACGCCUACUUGGUGCUGCACACUGUCAAGAGGAGCAACGCCACCUUCUACAAUCUGCACUACUGGCUAGGAAAAGAGUGCAGUCAGGAUGAAAGUACUGCAGCAGCCAUCUUUACGGUUCAGAUGGAUGAUUAUCUUGGAGGAAAGCCUGUUCAGCAUCGGGAAAUCCAGGGAUAUGAGUCUACUCAAUUCGUUGGAUAUUUCAAAGGUGGCAUAAAGUAUAAGGCAGGUGGUGUUGCCUCGGGCUUUAAUCACGUGGUCACCAAUGACCUCAGCGCAAGAAGACUUCUGCAUAUCAAAGGCCGGAGAGUGAUUCGAGCCACCGAAGUUCCUCUUAGCUGGGACAGUUUCAACAAAGGAGACUGCUUCAUUGUUGACCUUGGAACGGAGAUCUACCAGUGGUGUGGCUCUACAUGCAAUAAAUUUGAGCGCCUGAAAGCUACGCAGGUUGCUGUGGGCAUUCGGGACAAUGAACGGAAUGGAAGAGCCCAGUUGAUUGCUGUGGAUGAAGGAAGUGAGCCAAAAGAACUCCUAAAGGUCUUGGGACGGAAACCAGAACUUCGUGAGGGUGAUGAUAACGAUGAUGAGGCUGCUGAUAUUACCAACAGGAAAAGUGCCAAACUCUACAUGGUAUCAGACGCCAGUGGAUCCAUGAAGGUUUCGAUUGUUGCAGAAGAGAAUCCUUUCUUGAGGGCAAUGCUUUUGUCUGAAGAGUGCUUUAUACUGGAUCAUGGAGUAGCUAGGAAGAUAUUUGUGUGGAAAGGUAAAAAUGCUAAUCCAAGUGAGAGAAAAGCAGCCAUGAAAUCGGCUGAAGAAUUCAUUCAGCAAAUGAAUUAUCCUGCCAACACUCAGAUUCAGGUUCUUCCAGAAGGAGGUGAAACACCAAUCUUCAAGCAGUUCUUUAGAGACUGGAAAGAUAAGGAUCAAAGCGAUGGCUUUGGAAAAGUGUACGUCACAGAGAGAGUGGCGAGGAUUGAGCAAGUUGAGUUUGAUGCCACCAAGCUGCACGAGUCUCCGCAGAUGGCAGCCCAGCACAACAUGGUUGACGAUGGCUCUGGGAAAGUGGAGAUUUGGCGCGUCGAAAGCAAUGGCAGAAUCCCUGUGGAACCUCAGAGCUAUGGGCAGUUUUAUGGCGGAGAUUGCUACAUCAUACUGUACACCUAUCCCAAAGGACAGAUAAUCUACACAUGGCAAGGAGCUCAUGCCACCCUAGAUGAGUUAACUACUUCGGCGUUCUUGACAGUUCAGCUCGACCGGUCACUAGAUGGGCACGCAGUCCAGAUCAGAGUCAGCCAAGGCAAGGAGCCCCUGCACUUGUUGAGUUUGUUCAAAGACAAACCGCUCAUUGUUUACAAGGAUGGGACGUCCAAGAAAGGCGGACAGAAGCCUGCUGCUCCAACACGCUUGUUCCAAAUCCGCAGGAACCUAGCAUCCAUCACCAGGAUUGUCGAGGUUGAUGCGGAUGCCACUUCGCUGAAUUCCAAUGAUGUUUUCGUUUUGAAACUGCCAAGUAAUGCUGGGUAUACCUGGAUUGGGAAAGGAGCAAGCAGAGAAGAAGAGAAGGGGGCGCAGUAUGUAGCUGGUGUCCUCAAGUGCCAAACCUCAAGGAUUGAAGAAGGCCAGGAACCAGAGCCAUUUUGGAGUGCCCUUGGUGGAAAGAAAGAAUAUCAGACAUCAGCACAGUUACUGACUGAGUCCAAAGACCAUCCUCCACGUCUUUAUGGCUGCUCUAAUAAGACCGGCAGGUUUAUAAUUGAGGAGGUUCCUGGAGAAUUCACUCAGGAGGACUUGGCUGAAGAUGACGUCAUGCUGCUAGAUGCUUGGGAUCAGAUAUUUCUCUGGAUUGGUAAGGAUGCAAAUGAAACGGAACGCACUGAAUCAGUUAAAUCAGCCAAACGCUACAUUGAGACUGAUCCUUCUGGGCGAGAUAAAGGGACUCCACUUGUUAUUGUGAAGCAAGGUUACGAACCCCCCACAUUCACAGGCUGGUUCUUGGGCUGGGAUUACAACAAAUGGAAAAACUGAAGCUUCAACUGCAGAAGAGAUAUCCCAGGACAGCCAUCCUCUGGCAGCUUUAAGCAUGUGUUUGCAAAUCACUGUAUAUGUUGCUGCUGUUGUGGUCCAUGUGCCAGUUGUGUGUGUGUGUGUGUGUACAACACAGAGGUUGCCAAUAUUUUUCUAAACUGGAAAAAACACCAGGCACCACACACAAGAGAGUGAAGGACCUGCCAGCUUUGGUUCUCUCAGUUUCUCAUUUUUGAAUUCUGUUCUCCACAUUUCUGCAGCAACUUUCAAUUUUUUUAAAAAAAGAUCCUCAUGAAAAUUCUUAAGUGUUUUCUUAAGAAUUUGUCACAAUAAACACAUUUUCAUAUGCAGUUUUGACCAAUGCAUACAUUUUUGCAAGCAUUUUCUUCUAAUAUAAUGCCUUUUUGCAUGCUAUUUUCACUAAUAAUGUUAGAUUUUAUGCCCAUUUCUCCCCAAUAUAUGCAUUUUUGUAAACAUUUGUUGGGGAACUGCAUCACAACAUUUGGAUACAUGCAUGGCUGUGUUUUGGUUCUCGUAUUGUUUCGGAGAGUGCAAAUUUGAUCAAUUGAGCUUUAAAUGUAAACUGAAUAAAAUUUCUCCCCCAUCCCUAGUACACACACACAGCUCAACCUAUUAUUUUGGCUGGCUACAAUACAAUGCUUCUUUCAAGCCUAAUUUCAGUGAAAAGUGGGGUGGGGAGGAAUGGGGCCCUAUGAGCACCGGGAAAAGCCUGUGCAGGUACCUGCAGGUGCCACAUCGGUGACCCUCGGUAAAAUAAUAUGCACACAUUCUCUAAAUAUGUUCCCAGAUGCAACUGGAAAUGGCCCUUCUCCAGUUCCAAGUCUGUGCAUAACUCCCCCAAAUCCAAGGCUUAAUUCAGUUUUGAAAAGGAUUAAUAGAACACCCCCUGCAUAGCAUUCCAUUGUGCCGGUGGCUUGGCUUGUUAUGUAAUUGAGUGCAGGUCUUGGUUAGGAAUAGCGGGGGAUGAGUUACACUCAGCUCAGACCUAGCUUGGUAAUCAUGACUUCUCAGUGAGCAUUCAGAAGCUCGCCUGAUUUCUCAGAGCUCUCGCCUAGCUCAUAAUGCUAGUGCGGUCUUUUUAGAUUGCUUUCGCUUUAGUUAUUGUUGACAAUGUAUUUUUCAGUGAAUUUUCAUUGUCCCCUCAAAAUGUCUCCUAUUUUUAGCUCAAGUACUGGAUGCUAAUUCUGCCUUAUCUCUCAAAAGUUUAAGGCUCCAGGGGACUGUAAUAGUAAUUUUUUUUUUUUACAGUGCCUGUACCUCCUGACAUAGGAGCCAACUCCUAGGGGCUGAGGUCACUCCAACCUCCCAAUAAAAUAUUUGAGGGGGCUGCCCCACCAAAGUUGAUGGGCGUUGCCAUUCAAGGGAACUAUAUCAUCCCUGAACUUGUUUGACCAAUUCCCUGAUCCCAGUGAGCCAAAGCUUAAGCACAGUGUGUUUGUAGAGUCUCUAUAUUUGAGCUCUCCUCUUAGCCCAUGUAACUGGUAAGAGCCACAGCCUAGAGGGAAAUACUCAAGCUAUUUCCAGCUGUGCUCCUUUGCUGAAAACUCUAUUUGUUCCUCUUUCUGUGCCAAAACUGUGGUCUAAACACAUUUCAGCAAAGCUUGGUUCCUCGCCAUGCUACUGUUUGGGGUUUACCACUCUCUUCACGUCAUUGCAGGGUUGUGUGGAGGUUUGUGGUCUGCCAAAAAAACCCACACACAUUGGGACCACCUCCUCGUCUACCACCUCUCCAGAUCAAUCUGCAUAAUCCAGACCAUGGCGUGUUAUAUGAGUAGAGGCAAAAAGUGAGCAAGAUGCCCGCAGAACUGGAAAUGAAAAAAAUGUAUGUCAAAUAGUUCUCAUGAAAUAGCUGUAAAGAAUGGAUGAGCAAAUGAAUGCCACACCAUAGAGUGUGAAUGAAGAUCACAGUGGAUUCACAUUGCUGUUUGGGGGAAUGUGUGGCUCCUGAUCUAGCAAGAAACCCGCAUGUAGAGGCCUGCUUCUUCAUAAAGCGUUCCUUUUCUGGACCUGAGCAUCUAUGUGCUAAGUCAUAUUUUGAUACAUUGCUAUUUUUUAAAGUAUAUAUUUCAAAGAAGCAAAUACAUUACAAAAAAGUGACAGCCGUGAUAACUAAAAAAUUUCUAAAUUAUGCAUUUUUAAAAAAAACUUAGACACAUUUAUAGAUGUAUGAAUCCAAUAAAUAAAUGCUUUCCAAUCCUGAACAAUCUAA